CAGUGCCCUUUUAAAAUAGUCAGAAAUGUUCAAAAAAUAAUAAUUUACGAAAGGUUAAACCAUCAGUCAAUUAUUUCCUAAAUUCUAAUAAUGUGUAAUCUAUAAAGUAAUAAUUAGUGAUAUUUAAGUGAAGUAUUUCAUUGUUCGAAAGAGCACAUUGUAAUUAAUUAAAAAAAUUAAAUAUUGUGGUAUUACAAGUUAAAAAGGUACUGUCUACGACGUUGUCCUAUAUGUGGUCUGGGGCUAAUUUGAAAUUAAUUUGUAAAACUAAUUCAUUCAUGCACCUACUUAAUAUGCUAAUUUUGGAACACAUCUAAAAUAAGUAGAUUUAUAUAACACACUUAAUAAAUUUGACCUCAAAAAUUAAUACAAUUUAAAAUUAUACUUCCCCCCGUCGUCUAAAUUGCAAAAAUUAUUCGAAAAAUGGCAAGUUUUGCUGCACAAGCUGCCUUAAGGGCCAAGUGGAGUUCGCUUGUAGAGGAGCACAGCAUCGAGGUGCCACCUGAGGUUACUAGUAAAGUUACUAGUGUUGUUGGCUGGUUGAAACAGGCCUCUUUGGAAGUUCGCGCGGCGGGCAGAAGGGCAGUUAGUACGUUGGCUGGUGGCAUAAUGUCUCCAAACCUAGUCAUAUUGCACUUCAACGAUGUUUACAACGUCGAACCGAGACAGUCACCAGAACCUGUCGGGGGCGCUGCUCGUUUUAGCACCGCCAUUAAAAGUUUCCAACACUUACACCCGUUGAUACUAUUCAGUGGUGACGCCUUUUCACCUAGCAUGCUGAGUACUUUUACAAGAGGGGAACAAAUGGUGCCUGUCUUGAAUGAAAUCGGUACACACUGCGCAGUUCUGGGAAACCAUGAUUUUGAUCAUGGAUUAGAGGUGUUGUCGGAAUGGGUCUCAAAGACCGAUUUCCCUUGGCUGAUGUCCAAUGUUCUCGACAAUGAAACCGGACGCCCGUUGGGAGAAGGUAGAAUCACCCAUGUGGUACAUUGGGAAGGACGUAGAAUCGGUCUUGUGGGACUGGUAGAGAAAGAGUGGUUAGAUACCCUCGCUACUAUCAAUCCCGAAGAAACUACUUUUUUGGAUUACGUCGAAGCAGGACAAAAGCUGGCCACGCAGUUAAAGCAAGAGGGUUGUGAUUACGUGAUAGCAUUAACGCACAUGCGAACGCCAAACGAUAUCAAGUUGGCGGAAAAUUGUGAUGAUAUCGAUUUAAUAUUAGGUGGCCACGAUCACGUUUAUGAAAUUAAACAUGUGAAUGGUAAGUACAUCGUUAAGAGUGGCACGGACUUCAGACAGUUCAGUAAGAUUACCGUUAAUUUUGACAAAACGGGAAGCAAUGACAUCCCGGAGGUGACAAUUGAAGAGGUGAAUGUAACGUCCGAGAUCCAGGAGGAUCCUAAAUUGAAGGAGAAACUGGAAAAGUAUACUAGUAUGAUCGAAGGGAAAAUGGACGAAGUUCUGGGCUGUUUUUCUGUUCCGCUAGACGGACGUUUCACGUCCAUCAGAACAGCGGAAUCAAACUUAGGAAAUUGGGUAUGUGAUGUUGUUUUGGCAGCGACAGGAGCCGAUUUAGUGAUCUUGAAUUCGGGAACGUUCAGAUCGGACCAAGUGCAUCCCGCAGGGGAUUUCACGAUGCGAGACCUGACUAAUAUUAUUCCCAUGCGAGAUCCUCUGGUGGUGUUGAAAGUGUCAGGUCAGACCAUCGUAGAGGUGUUAGAAAAUUCAGUAUCGAUGUAUCCGAAACUGGAAGGCCGUUUCCCUCAGGUGGCAGGUGUAAGCUUCGCCUUUGACCCCAAUAAGCCCCCAGGAAAGAGGAUAGAUCCCAACUUCAUCAGGAUCGGCGAUGAGUACUUGAAGCUGGACCAGUUCUACAGGUUAGCGACAAAGAAUUAUAUGCAUUCGGGAUGCGACGGCUACACGAUGUUAAGGGAUGCAGAGGUGUUGAUUCCCGAAGGGGAGUGUCCAGAACUGGGCCUAGCGGUUCAGAAUCACUUCUGCGCCAUCAACAUGCGGUUAGGCAAAACGAAAAAACAUUCCAAACAUAGACAGUCGUUGGUCACUCUCUCCAGAAGACACAGUUUAGUAAAGAUGCUGGACUGCAGCGAAUUAGACGGGCCGCCGCCUCUACGCAGGGCGAGCACGGUAGAGACGUCUUCCAGUCCUCCCAUGCACCACACGUCACGGCUGACUCGGAGGGCCUCUCUUGACGACCUCGAACAAGAAACGUGUCAGCUGACACCCAAGAUCGAGCAGAGGAUUAUCGUGAUUAACAAUGAAGAGCGUCGUCAGGAGUUAAUCCACCAACGUCAAAGAAUAGAGCAGGACUCGGUCAUUGAAGAAGUGGACGACGAAACCUCUCCUCAGAACUAAACAGUAUUUUAAAACGUUAGCAAUCCCGAAAUUUAAUUUCUAAUCUGUGACUAAUAACUGCAGCAAUUAUUUUUUACAAGGUACGCUUCUGAAAGAACACCAUUUUGAGCAUUCCACAACGAAAUUGUGACUAACAUGCUUUUAGAAAUAACUACAGUUACCACACGAACAAAUUUAUAAUCCGUUGUCUCGAAUUGCAUCAAUUUGCUUUAAUUAGGCAACUAGGGCGUCUCGAUUUGCAGAGGUCGAGCCUUACUUGGUUGCAGAAUUGCUCAAAAUAAGAAAAAUUUCGAUAAAUGUGGGUCGGGAAGUGCUUAAUUUCCGAGAUACAGGGUGUUCAUUCAUCUUCGAGACUUUCCGUACGAACGCUCCUUAUUGCGAACGAAGCAUUUCUUCUGUCACCAAAUAGAGUUCGGCUUUUGUAAUUUGGGACACCCUCUGUAGCAGUUAAUACGUUUGGUUCAAUAUUAUGAUGCCACGACAAGAUCAAAACUAUCUUACGAAUUCCGACUCUUACGUGACCAAAAAAUAAAAAAUUUCGGCAGCCUUAUUGUAAAAUAGCUAGACACUAUUUCAAUUGAUAACUGUCGUAGGAGAACUGCACUCGCUCAUAUACGCACCGGUCUGUGUUAAAAGUGUAAGCUUACGCCCAUAUUUCGCUUAAUACUGGAUGUUAGAUGUAAGGACAGCUAAGAUAUUGUAACGCGCACUUUUGAGAUGUAAUUUUCUUGUAACUUAUAGUUUCCGUGAAAUGCAUAGGGUGAAGCAGCACUUUCUCACUGAAAGAUUUAUCUAACAAAUAAUCCAAUUAUUAAUUAGAAAAAAAUCACCAGUAAUACGCCGAUAGACCACAUCGUUUGCGGUAUACGUAACAUCACUACUUAUUAUCGAAGUUAUCUUCCAACUUGUAACUUAUAAUAACUUGUCUUCUCUUUAUCCUUCUUAUACAAAUAAUAUAAGUAAUAAUAUGUCACCCCUUCCCCACAUAAUAUCUGACCUCUAGACUAAUCCCUAUGAUCAAAAUGAGAGGUAGGGGUACUAUUAUUACUAUUAAUUAUAGUCCAGGCGCUAUCUGUUUCGGGUUGGGUAAAACGCAU